AAAAGAAAGAGAAUGUUAAUAUCCUUCGAAUCAACAAGUAUAAACCAACAGAAAAUGUUGCUCUGUGCCAAAAUAAAACUCAAUAAUGCUAUUGAUAUUAAAAAUGCUAGUUGUUGAACAACAUUAUCGUAGUGAAGCGACAAUUGAAUGAAUCAAGUGACUCAUUUUAUUACUUUGACAGGUACCUCUGAAGAGGAGCAGAAUUCCCCCGACAUAGCUGACCAAGACGAUUCGGUAGAAUUGCAGAACUACGAGCCUGAGGAUCCACCAGUCUGCGAUAAUGAACCGGAAAAGAGGGACCCGAAAUGGUCGAUGCGACCUCAAAAUGCCUUUUUCUGGUUCUGCAACGAAGAACACUCUAAAGUAAAGGCUAGCCACCCUGAUUUUUCGGUGAUCAAAAUCGCUAGGGAGUUGGCUAAGCGAUGGAAGGAAGCCGACCCUGAAGCUAAGGCCAAGUUCGAGCGCAUAGCGGAGUACGAUAGAAAGAGAUAUGGACAGGUAAAUUACAAAGAAACGAAGGUGGUCAAGAAACGUAAAAAAGUGGACGACGACAACGACUUUCAUGGAGUCGCAGGGACAUCGACUUGCAAUCGGUAACGGAGCCGAGUAAACCAUGGUGGGCGUUACAAGAGAUUUGAGAGAUAUGAAUCGGAUAGAAUUACUGAGGAAUUGUAACUAAGGUUUAGUUGGAGAGCAUUAUUGUUUGAAAGGAGAUUUAAUAGUUAGAAUAUUUUGUUAUGUAA